UAAUAUUAAAAUAAAUAAAAAUCAAUUUUCCACUCAUAUCAGAGUGCUCCAUAUCAUGCUCUAUGUUCUUCAUUUUCCCUUCACAAUUUUUUUUGGUGACUUAACAAUUAAUGUUAAAUGACUUAUAUAUACUUCAUUUAGACUCUUAUCUAUAAACGAUAUCCCCUUUAUAUAUUUUGAAGAAAAAACUACAUGACAUCAUUAACGUACUCAUACGCAAGUGAUUUGUCAUAUACCAUAACAGUACAUCAACCAAAUGCAUUUGAUCAAUCAUGAUUUGAUUAAUUUGACUAAUUUGUUUGAUUACGUAAAAGUUCUUUGAAAGUUUGUUUAACUUUAAGUGGCCUGAUUUGCUCAUUGACUCUACUUCAUUAUUUUGUUUUUUAUAUUACCAAGAUGACUUCAAUAUUUACGCGUCGAUUAGAUGAGAAUUUUGGGACAAUUGCCAUGUUGUAUAGAAAAUGAGGCAAUUUAUAUUAUUAUCAUCUUUCUAUGGCGAUUCAAAUAGUUACAAAAUACCCCGUACUAAAAUGUGGUGUACAUUCAUAUGUCUCGGUAUAAAAAAAAAAAAAGAACAAUUGUUGUAGUAAGAGGCUUAUAAAAGAAAUUGAGUGGUGGAUUUGAUAAUGGUAUAGAAGUUUGGGCACUAAUCAUGUAAAUUUACCCCCCGAUUUUGGCCACAGCUCACAACUCACAAGUGACCAAAUAAGCAGCGAAAUUGAAAACCCUAGCUUCACAAUCUGCCGCGCCCAAGCUCGACGGACAUCAAACAUUCAAGCCUGGCCAUCUUUCAUCCCAGGACUUCCGACUCCGAGCUGGAGUUCGAUAGUCUAAAUUGCGAAGUUAUAAGUCUCGUUCCCUCCCGCCGGUGAAUUACUACAAUGGCGACAGCUCAGGGCAGCCAGAACAAUGGGGAUAUCUUAAUGCUGGAGGCCGCUCCAGAUGCCUCUCGUCCCUGGUCAAGCGCUUCCAAUGCUGAAUUUAUCGACGCGUUGCCCUACAUCGACGACGACUAUGGAAAUCCUUCGAUCAAGGCAGAGGUAGACCGCCUGGUGGAGGAAGAAAUGCGAAGGAGCUCCAAGAAACCCGCAGACUUCUUGAAGGACUUGCCUCCCCUACCUCGCUUCAGUUUCGAGAACUAUCCCAUGCUUGCCAAAGAACAUGACCGUGUGAGAGCAGGGAAGCCUCCAGUUGCUAUUGAUUUUUCACGGUAUGCCCAUUUGGAUCAGCCUUCUGCAAAUAAGGUGAAUGAUGAAACUGCCUGGAAGCAGUCACUUCAGAGAGCACAACGCUUGCUUCAGCAUCAAGUCCUUAGGCUGGAGAAUUUGGACUUGAUGUCAAGGUAUGGUCCUGAUGUAUGGGUACAAAACAACCGGCAACUCGAAGGAAUGUUAGCAAGGAUGCAGAAACUGGCUCAGGAACACAAUGAAAAGAUUGAAGCAGUAAACCGUGAGAGGAAGUACCACCAGGAAACCACUGCAUAUGAGCUGAAUGCUCUGUCGACACAGUGGAAAGAGCUUACCUUGAAAAAUAUUGAAAUUCAAGCAGCAUGUGCUACUGUUCAGAGUCAGAUAGACGAGCUGAAGGGAGAAGCUUCCGAGAGAGGAUGGAACUUGGAAGCUAUCAUAGAGAAUGGUUCUCAGUUGCAUUGAGAAAUUAUCAGGUAGCUUUUUCCUUUUUUUGCACCUGAUGUCUUUCUAAUUGUUGUGGCGUGUAAACAAAUCCUCCAGAGUAUUUUUUUACCACAUAUGCAUGCCAUGCCCACCAGUCAUGAAGUCCAUUUAAUAGGAAGUUGUGGGUCGAGCUGUUCUAUAUGCAAUUGAAACGUUACUUCUAAUUGAUCAUGAAAUCGUUAUCAGAUGCGAGAUGCAGCAUAUCUUUGCUUGUUUGGCUGCAAAUCAAUCGCAAUGUAUAGCGAUGUGCUCUUAAACCGUUAUGACGCUUCUGACCUUGUUUAACGCAUGCGGACGUUGGUGCAGGAUAUAAGUAGGAAUGGAGAAGUGGAUCUCUACUCUUUUAUUAGAAGUGGCAUGGUACACGAUUAGGGAACUUGCUGGAUGCUGUUCACUCAGUCUGUGGUGGUUUCAUUCAUCUUUUUCGAUAGCGUCGCAGCGGUGCGGAUCAACAUGAUAUGGAGAGGUCGUGAUUUGAAAGUACUGUAAACAUGCAUUGGGGGUUAUUCCUCCCACUUCGGUUCUCACAGGGUGUAGAAAGAGCGUUAGAAUGUUGGCCAGAAUAGAUUGAGCUUAUAGCCAUUUAUCAAGAACUAUUGAAACCUCUAAUGCCCUAUCUAUAUCUUGUUCCUCCUCAAUUUCUUCUCCAAAUCUCCCAAUUUUCCUUCAGUUUUCAAUCUGUAACCCUAAUUCUCUCCUCCAUCUUCCCUCAAUUAUUUAUAUUUCUUACAUCGUAGCAGGGGAUUUUUCCAAUAAUAGCACUAUUUAAAAAAAAAUUACAAAAAUAGCACUCAACCGAAAAAAUUUACACUAAUUGC